AUGGCCAACCUCGGCGGUGGCGGCGGCACCGAGGUGCACGCGCGCUUCAAACAGUACGAGUACCGCACCAACGCCAGCCUCGUCCUCACCACCGACUCCCGUCCCCGCGACACCCACGAGCCCAGCGGCGAGCCCGAGACGCUGUGGAACAGGAUCGACCCCAAGUCCUUCGGCAACCGCGCCGUCCAGAACAAGCCGCCGCCCGAGCUCGAGGAGAAGCUCUCCAGGUCGCGCACCAGGAAAGCCAAGCGCGACGCGGCCGACACCGGCCUCCCCCGCCGCGACGCCAAGCGCAGGCGACGCGCCGCCUCCGGCCGGGGGAUCAGCGUCCUCUCCCUCACCGACGACGCCGUCUACAAGCCUCAGACCAAGGAGACUAGCGCCGUCUACGAGGCCCUGCUCAGCCUCAUCCAGCAGCAGCUCGGCGGCCAGCCGCUCGACGUGCUCGCGGGGGCCGCGGACGAGGUGCUCGCCACCCUCAAGAAUGACAAGGUUAAGAACCCUGACAUGAAGAAGGGCAUCGAGCAGCUCCUCGGCCCCAUCUCCAACCAGCUCUUUGACCAGCUUGCCUCCAUAGGUAAGCUCAUCACGGACUUUCAUGAUGUGGCGGCCAGCAAUGCUGCUGCCGGUGCGCCUUCUGCCGAUGCAAUGGACACCACCACCCUGGAUGAUGAUGUCAGUCUUGCUGUCGGGUGGGAAGAAAAUGAAGACGAUGAGAGUGAUUUUGAUCAGGUGCAAGAUGAGUUGGAUGAAGACGACACCACUGAGUUGAACGGUCCUGAAGGUAUGCAAAUGGACAGUGCGCUAGAUGAUAAUGACACGCAGAACGCCAACCAGGGGCUGGCUGUUAAUGUUCAGGACAUCGAUGCUUACUGGCUUCAGAGGAAGAUAUCCCAAGCAUAUGGGGAUGGGGACAUUGAUGCGCAGCAGAGCCAGAAGCUUGCGGAGGAUAUCUUGAAGAUUAUAGCUGAGGGUGAUGACAGAGAUGUCGAGAAUCGCCUUGUCAUGCUCUUGGACUAUGAGAAGUUUGAUCUCAUUAAGUUGCUGCUGCGCAACCGGCUCAAGGUUGUUUGGUGCACACGCUUAGCCAGGGCCGAAGAUCAGGAACAGAGGAAGAAUAUAGAGGAAGAGAUGACAAGUGACCCAAGCUUGGCUCUGAUAUUGGAGCAGUUACGUGCAACCAGAGCAUCUGCGAAGGAGAGGCAGAAGAACCUGGAGAAAAGCAUCAGGGAUGAGGUCAAGAGGCUCCUCAACACUGAUGGUAUGGGCAUUGAUGUUGCAAGGGAUCGCAGGGCAGCCGAGGGGGAUAUGGAGAGUGGAUGGUUGAAAGGACAGAGAUGGCUGCUUGAUCUUGACAGCCUCUCUUUUCACCAGGGUGGUUUCUUCAUGGCUAUCAAGAAAUCACCGAAGGCUAAACCCUAUGAAACAGGAGAGAAGAUUGUGAAGAUAUCUGAUAUGCCAGGGUGGGCACAACCAGCUUUCAAUGGAAUGACGCAGUUGAAUAGAGUUCAGAGCAGGGUCUAUGAUGCUGCUCUUUUCAAACCAGAUAAUAUACUAAUCUGCGCUCCGACUGGUGCUGGCAAAACAAAUGUUGCUGUACUUACAAUCCUUCAGCAGAUCGGUCUGCAUAUGAAGCACGGAAAGUUUGAUAAUACCAAGUACAAAAUUGUCUAUGUGGCCCCAAUGAAAGCAUUGGUUGCUGAAGUUGUUGGAAACUUGUCGAAGCGUUUGACAUGUUACAACCUUAGUGUUAAGGAGCUCAGUGGAGACCAAAACUUGACCAAGCAACAGAUUGAUGAAACACAGAUUAUUGUCACGACACCUGAGAAAUGGGAUAUUGUGACCAGUAAAUCAGGGGACAGAACCUGUACCCAAAUGGUGAAGCUGUUAAUCAUUGAUGAGAUCCAUCUGCUGCAUGAUAACAGAGGACCUGUUCUGGAGAGCAUUGUUGCUAGGACAGUCAGGCAGAUUGAAACAACCAAGGAGCAUAUUCGUCUCGUUGGGCUAUCUGCGACUCUACCAAACCAUGACGAUGUUGCACAAUUCUUGCGUGUUCGCAAAGGAAACCUUUUCUAUUUCGACAACUGUUACCGACCCUGCCCUCUUGCUCAGCAGUACAUUGGGAUAACUGUGAGGAUGCCACUACAGAGGAUGCGGUUGAUGAAUGAGAUUUGUUAUGAGAAGGUUAUGGCUUCCGCUGGUAAGCAUCAAGUGCUUAUAUUUGUACACUCGAGGAAGGACACGGCAAAAACUGCCAAAGCCAUCAGAGAUCUAGCGUUAGCAAACGAUACAGUCAGCUGCUUUCUGAAGAAUGAGAGUGCAAGCCAAGAGAUACUUGGCACUCAUGCCGAUCUUGUCGAGAACAAUGAUCUUAAAGAUCUCCUGCCGUAUGGGUUUGCUAUUCAUCAUGCAGGGAUGGCAAGGGUUGACCGUGAACUCGUUGAGGAACUUUUUGCUGACAAGCACAUUCAAGUACUCGUGUCCACUGCUACCCUUGCAUGGGGUGUCAAUUUGCCUGCACAUACUGUUAUCAUAAAGGGCACACAGAUUUACAGCCCGGAAAAAGGUGCUUGGACAGAACUAUGCCCUCUGGAUGUUAUACAGAUGCUUGGUCGUGCAGGAAGGCCUCAGUAUGAUACACAUGGAGAGGGAAUAAUCUUGACUAGCCACAGUGAAUUGUGGUUCUACCUCUCUCUUAUGAAUCAGCAGCUACCUAUGGAGAGUCAGUUCACAUCCAAAUUGGCUGAUCAAUUGAAUGCUGAGAUUGUUCUGGGGACAAUUCAGAAUGCUCGGGAAGCAUGCUCAUGGCUUGGCUAUACUUACCUCUAUAUUCGGAUGCUUCGCGAUCCGACAUUAUAUGGUUUGCCAGCAGAUAUCUUGGAGAGGGAUAAAACACUUGAGGAAAGGAGAGCCGAUUUGAUACAUUCUGCUGCAAAUCUACUGGAUAAGAACAAUUUGAUAAAGUAUGACAGGAAAACGGGAUACUUUCAAGUUACUGAGCUGGGAAGGAUUGCCAGUUAUUACUAUAUUAGUCAUAGAACUAUUUCAAAAUACAACGAGUGCUUGAAGCCUACAAUGGGGGAUAUUGAGCUGUGCCAACUGUUUUCUCUGAGUGAAGAGUUUGAGCAUGUUGGUGCCAGGCUAGAUGAGAAAAUGGAACUGGCAAAGCUUUUGGAUCGUGUGCCGAUUCCUGUGAAAGAGAGCUUGGAGGAUCCUAGUGCAAAGAUCAAUGUUCUGCUGCAAGCAUAUAUUUCUAGGUUGAAACUGGAAGGCCUUUCUCUUAGCUCUGAUAUAUUAUACAUCAGACAGAGUGCUGGCCGUCUCUUACGAGCAUUGUUUGAGAUUGUUCUGAAGAGGGGAUGGGCUCAACUAGCGGACAAGGCACUGAAUCUUUGCAAGCUGGUUGAUAAACAAAUGUGGAGUGUCCAAACUCCCCUGUGUCAGUUUCCUGGAAUUCCAAAGGAGACCCUGAUGAAACUGGAGAAAAAGGAGUUGGCUUGGGAGAGGUACUAUGAUCUGUCAUCACAGGAACUUGGUGAACUGAUCAGCUAUCCCAAGAUGGGGAGACUGCUGCACAAGUGCAUCCACCAGUUACCAAAAUUGAACCUGUCAGCCCACGUCCAACCGAUUACUCCUACAGUUUUGGGUUUUGAGCUGACCAUUACACCUGACUUCCUGUGGGAUGAUAAAGUGCAUGGAUAUGUGGAGCCCUUUUGGGUUAUUGUUGAGGACAACGAUGGCCAGUCCAUUCUUCACCAUGAAUGUUUCAUGCUUAAGAAACAAUUGGUCAACGAAGAUCAUACAUUGAACUUCACAGUGCCGAUAUAUGAGCCACUGCCCCCUCAAUAUUUUGUACGUGUUGUGUCUGACAAGUGGCUUGGUUCUAAGACAAUUCUCCCUGUCUGCUUUAGGCACUUAAUUCUACCAGAAAAAUAUGCUCCACCAACUCAAUUGCUUGAUCUGCAGCCUCUACCUGUUACUGCAUUGAAAAAUGCGCAAUAUGAAGGCCUCUAUAGUAAUGCUUUCAAGCAUUUCAAUCCCAUCCAGACUCAAGUAUUCACUGUAUUGUAUAACAGCGAUGACAACGUGUUGGUCACUGCAGCAACGGGCACUGGGAAGACAACAUGUGCAGAGUUUGCUAUACUAAGAAACCACCAGAGGGCAAUGUCUGGUGAGAGCAACAUGCGGGUUGUCUAUAUAGCUCCUGUUGAAGCUCUUGCAAAAGAAAGGUACAGGGACUGGGGCACAAAUUUGCAGAAUUUGCCAAGGAUGAGGUGUAUUUCAAGUCAUAUUGUUAGUAACAUACGGGUCGUAGCACUUUCAGCAUCAGUUGGUAAUGCUAAAGAUCUCGGUGAAUGGGUUGGUGCCACCUCUCAUGGCCUCUUCAACUUCCCUCCAGCAAGUGUGGAUAUAGCAAACUUUGAGGCAAGGAUGCAAGCAAUGACCAAGCCUGCAUACAUUGCCAUCACACAGCAUACAAAGAACAGUAAACCUGCCCUGGUGUAUGUACCAACAAGGAAGCAUGCAAGGUUGACUGCAUUGGACUUGUGUGCAUACUCUAGUGUCGAGGGUGGUGUUGCACCAUUUCUCCUUGGGUCAGAAGAUGAGAUGGAUGCUUUCACCAGAGGCUACUUGCAUCAGGGUCUAAGCGAACUUGAUCAGGAACUUGUAACAAAUCUGUUCCUUAGUGGGAGGAUCCAAGUUUUUGUUGCGAGCAGCACAAUGUGUUGGGGAAGACUAUUGCCUGUUCAUUUGGUGGUUGUCAUGGGGACUCAGUAUUAUGAUGGCCAUGAGAACGCUCGCAAAGAUUAUCCAAUUGCAGAUCUGUUUCAGAUGAUGGGUCAUGCCAACAGGCCACUUCAAGAUAACUCAGGGAAAUGUGUCAUAUUGUGUCAUGCGCCUCUCAAAGAGUACUACAAAAGGUUCCUUUAUGAGGCCUUCCCUGUUGAGAGCAAUCUUCACCAUUUCUUGCAUGAUCGUAUGAAUGCCGAGGUUGUGGCUGAUGUUGUAGAGAAUAAGCAAGAUGCUGUGGAUUACCUUACUUGGACUUUCAUGUAUCGGUGGCUGACAAAGAACCCUAACUACUAUAAUCUUCAGGGUGUAAGUCACAGGCAUCUUUCAGAUCAUCUUUCUGAGUUAGUUGAGACUGUCCUGAAUGAUCUGGAAUCCAGUAAUAGUGUCGCUAUAGAGGAGGACAUGUACCUGAAGCCCCUCAACCUUGGCCUUAUUGCUUCAUACUACUAUAUUAGCUAUGCAACUAUUGAACGUUUCAGUUCUAUGCUGACCCAGAAGACUAAGAUGAAGGGGCUCCUAGAGAUUCUAGCAUCUGCAUCAGAAUAUGCAGAGCUUGCAGGUCGUGCUGGUGAGGAAGAAUUCAAGAGGCUUGUUCGCCACCAGAGGUUCUCUAUCGAGAAGCCCAAGUAUGGUGAUCCACAUGUGCAGGUCAACGCGCUGCUGCAAGCCCAUUUUUCAAGGCACACAGUGGUCGGGAACCUGGCAGCUGACCAGCGGGAGAUUCUCGUUUCUACCCAUAAGUUGCUCCAGGCAAUGGUUGAUGUUAUCUCCAGCAAUGGUUGGCUUAGUCUUGCUCUUAUUGCAAUGGAGUUGAGUCAAAUGGUGACACAAGGCAUGUGGGAUCGUGAUUCUGUGCUGCUUCAAGUUCCUCACUUCACAAAGGACUUGGCUCAGAGGUGCCAGGAAAAUGAAGCGAAGCCCAUCGAGAGUAUCUUUGAUCUUGCUGAGAUGGGUAUUGAUGAGAUGCGAGAUCUCUUGCAGCUAUCAAACUCUCAGCUGCAGGACAUCAUUGAGUUCUUCAAGCGGUUCCCCAAUGUUGAUAUGGUCUAUGAGGUCCGUGAGGGUGACGACACAAGUGCUGGCGACAAUGUAGCCGUUCAGGUAACGCUGGAGCGUGACAUGGCAAACCUGCCAUGUGAGGUUGGGCCAGUUCAUGCGCCGAGGUUCCCCAAGCCCAAGGUAGAAGGCUGGUGGCUGGUGAGAGCUCCACUAACCAGUUGCUGGCAAUCAAAAGAGUGGCACUUCAGAAGAGGGCAAGAGUGA